AUUGAUACUGCACCUCCCUCCUCAACUCACGGCUACGUUCUUGCUGUACAUAUCUACAUCCGUCCUGACCACAGUCACUCUUUCAACAUGCGUAGACGUUCGACAUUCAUCACGCACCCAAGCCGUGCUGUCAACCCGGACGAUAUUCAAGUCUACAAGAACCAAUUGCUUCUCGGAGGCCUCAAAGCAGCACGAGAAGAACGACUGACACUGGGCUUCGAAGAACUACCUGAAGAGGUAGUCCAGAUAUUGCGAGAGUCCCAUGAGCUUCAUCUUCGAUGGGCUCGAGAUCGUACCUAUGAUACCACAGCCCCAUUCCUGUCUAGAAUAUCCCCAGGUCUGCACAUCCAGUAUACUCCGCUCAAAGAGAACCACCCAGAUCGAGUAUGCGAACUCCUGCACAAGGUCUUUGGUGAAGAUUUGCGAUGCGAUACACCAAGGACAAGCUUCAUCAGCCCUUCCCUCGUCUCUGAACGCUUUGCCCAAACAGCGUCUUUACAAUAUUACUCUCUUCUUCCUUCGAUGACGCGCUUAGCGGCCUAUAUACAGCGCAAGAUCUGUAAACCUUCAGACCUCACAUGUAUCCAUACAGCAUCCCUACUCAAUCUCGCCGAUGCCGUCGAUUUUGAUUACGACAGCAUCUCUCACGCGCUCACCAUGACCGUCUUAUGGUCCAAGCAACCAGAGGUGAUCUAUGACCCCAUCGGCGAGUUCACGACUUUCGAUGCCUGGAAUCUCGACAUUCAGUCAAACCGCAACGACAAAGUCGAAGUCGGCAUUCUCAGUGCAGCUCCGGCAGUCGAGCCAUCCGACCUUCAGCUGUCAGGGUUUCUGACCGUGGUCGGUGAAGACGAUCACCCCAAGGCCACACUCUUCAGCUUUCCCUCAAGACACCACUCGCUCAGCGCGGAACAACGAAGGCAGCAACAAUAUACCGUGUCGUUUGACAAACCUACGGGACUCCAUCCUGUUUUGAAGAUCUCCUUCCCCAACGCCGAGUCCUUGACCGAGCCAACGAACAGACCAGCCGGUAGUGUCUGCGCGUUACAGACCUACCUGACUCUCCCAUCGCAUAUCUUUGCCGACAAAUACGCCUUCCUAAGCAAUGAUCCCCUCUUUCAGAAAUCCCACCACGUCGGCCAAUUGCAUUCGAUCGCCGGAGAGACUGACCUCGAAGCUCCUGAUUAUGUGGUCAAGAAAUGGGGUUCAACCAUGCUCUUAGAGAUUCGGACCCCCGAUACCAAUACCAGCGACUCCCACACCUCAACGGUCCCAUGGCAUGUCACAAUCCCGCUCCACCACCGGUACCUUGAGCCCAGGGGUGGCGGGCUAUCAGAAGUCGAAGUGCCGUGGCCCAUCGUCUUUUGGGCUUGCACGGCUGAAGAAGGCACAAAGUUCCCAGUCAACCCAUUCGACAGGACCCAGCUCGGUUAUGACGGACUGUUUGGCCCCAGGACCAUGUUCUAUCAUCUUGAUCCCGCUCCUGCUCCGGGAGGCGAGUCUGGUGGAAGGCUGGUUGAGCGUAUUUCAGUCCCUGUCUUGGACGCCCAGGCCGCCAGCUCGAGUACCAUCGAAGUUGUGACGUUGAUCACAAUAGCUUUAGGGUUCCUCUGGGUGCUGUUGAAAUUGAGACCUUCGUUACUCCCAACGUCGAACCGUGUCAGUAAAGAGCCGGACUCGAAGAAGACGCGAUGAAGUGCUUUGCUUCACCGUCGAGAAGAAGAUACUUCUUAGCGCAGAAUUGUUCGUGACUGUACAGUGCUCUGAAAGUUGUGCAGGCAGAGGAUGCUCGCUUACCGAGACUUCUACGAUUUCUGGAACUGGAGGAGCGGAAGCGGGUGAAAGAGACCCAUAAUUCAGAUAAUUGAAACCAAUUGCUCUAUUCAAUUGCAUUCUCCGACUCCCAAAAAUUGUCAGCA